ACAUGUAGUUUACUAGUUUAGGUAUCGCAGACCCGUGACGGCAUUGAAAUUGUGGGAAAGACAAAGAGACUUGUCAGUGAGGACGUGGGCUUAGGUGUUGAACAAUAUUGUGUUCAUUUGACGAGCAGAGAGGCAACGCCUCACGACUACUUCCUGUUAAAAUUAAAAAUGGCAGCUGCCACAGCAUCUCCAAACGCUCCUUCCCAGGCCCGACCAUGGAAUCCAGAUUUUAAACACAAUGACCGAGAAAGAUGGAUUUGUAUAUAUCCUGCAUAUUUGAACAGCAAGAAAACAUUAAAAGAAGGCAGAAGAAUACCUAAAUCAAAGGCUGUUGAAAACCCAAUCUGUGCUGAAAUAAGGGAUGUAUGUGCAACAACUGGUUUUACGUUGGGCGUUGAGAAUAAAACCUACCCGAGAGAGCAAGAUGCAAGGGGUGACAAUAAGUACAGGGGCAGAGUGAGGGUCAUGUUAAAAAAUGAGGAUGGCUCUCUAGUGUUACCACAGUUUCCUUCUCGGAUGUCUGUGAUGUUGCAUAUAGCAGAGACUAUACCUAAGUUAAAGACUAGACAACAGUCACAGUCAGCCAGCCAGUCACAACAACAACAACAACAGCAGCAACAGUCAAAGGGACAGAAGAAGAAGGGAAGGAAGUAGAUUGGUACUUGUAUAAUGAGUGCUUGAAAUGACUGAAUUGGUGGCUAUAGUGAACUGCGUGCCCCGAGUGUUUGAUAAUUCCUGAACCUAACAUUUUUUAUUAGUUCAGUUUGAUGUCAUUGAGCAUUUUUAACAUUAUUUAUAUUUCUAAAAUAAUCUAAAGACAAUUAUGUUAAUUUAAAUUACUUCGAUUUGUAUUUAAACUAUUAGUCAUUUUAAGUUAUCUAAAUUAAAUUACAAGUAAGCUAUUAGUAUAUUUUUUCAAAGAUUCUGUAAAAUGUAUAGGUAUGAAAAAUUCUCAAGUUUUCUAAAUUUUUAGUCAUACAUCUUUAUUAGACCAUGUAAUAAAGGUUUUUUGUGAAUAUGAAUAAAAAAAUGUUUUAAUCCUGUUUAAAUUACAAAUGUAGAAUUGACAUAUUUAAAACAUGAAUAAAAUGUUUGAAAAAUU